AUGGAGGCUUCAUUUGUGGAAUCAUUAAAUAUAUUUGACUGUAAAUGGAUUUUCAUUAUCGUCGUAGUAACCGCACUUAGGUUUUAUUUCAAAGGAGCGCAGUUCAGAGAACUUAACACAGCUAAAGGCUUGAUAGCAGUUAUAACAGGAUGUAAUUCUGGUAUAGGAAGAGAGAUUGUACGAGAGCUAAAUCUCCGUGGAGCAAAGGUGUACAUGCUGUGUCGCAGUGAGGAUCGAGCUCGGAAUGCUGUCCUUCAACUUGUUAAGCUCGGUUGUAAUCCGCAGAGACUAUUAGUCAAAGUAGUUGACCUUGCUCAAUUCAAAUCAGUCAGAAUAGCAGCAGCAGAAAUCAUAGAAGAAGAAGAUCACUUGGAUAUUCUAAUUAAUAAUGCGGGUAUUAUGCUGUAUCCAAAGUUUAAACUGACCGAUGAUGGUCACGAACUAGUCUGGCAAACGAACUAUCUCGGACAUUUUUUACUCACUGAAUUACUUCUACCUCUUCUUCGAGCUGCUCCAAGCGCGCGCAUUGUCAAUGUUUCUGCAUUAGCCCAUUUCUAUGCCGAUCCUAUAGAUUUGCAGUUGAUUGAUCGUAGAGAAGGUUGGGAUUCGAGACAGUCAUAUUCGAAGUCGAAACUUGCUAUGGUAAUGCAUGCAUUUGAAUUGACUAGAAGAUUACGAGCAUGUGAAGGAUCACAUGUAACAAUAAAUGUAUGUCAUCCUGGACUAUGCAAUACACGAUUGAUGCGCUAUACUCCACUGGCACAGAAGCCGCUGAGCUAUCUCAUCGCACCAUUCAGAUGGUAUUUGCUGAAGACUCCGAAGGACGGAGCUCAAACCCCGCUUUUCUUGGCUUUGUCGAAAGCUGUAACCGGUUCCUCAGGACUUUAUUACAGUGAGUGUGUAUCAAAACAGUUUAUUGAAAUGAUGGAUUGGGAAAAGAAAUGUGCCAAGUUGUAUGAUUAUUCUCUGCAUGCUACAGGUUUUGAUGUAAAAGAGUUGUAA